UUGGAAUAAGAAUAGGAAGAUUGUACAGGAGUGCCGUGGGCUGAGGGCAGAGUGUAUCUUAUAUAAAAGCUUCCUUUUUCAGGCGACGAAAAGGCGCUUUACCGUUUCCCGAGAAGAAACAUGUCGUCAGAGAAUCAAGAGUCCGAGGCGCCAUUGGAGUCCGGAGAGGAGAAACAGCAGGACUCCCAGGAGAAGGACGCCAACCCAGUGAAGUCAGAGGAGGCCAAGCUCAAGGCCAAGUACCCCAACCUGGGGCAAAAGCCAGGAGGGUCAGACUUCCUGAUGAAGAGACUACAGAAAGGGCAAAAGUACUUCGACUCAGGCGACUACAACAUGGCCAAGGCCAAGAUGAAGAGCAAGCAGUUGCCGGUGGCUGGUCCAGAGAAAGGGCUGGUGACCGGGGACCACAUCCCCACGCCACAGGACCUGCCUCAGAGGAAAUCCUCUCUAGUCACCAGCAAGCUGGCUGGAUAGAGCGCAGUCACCCACCUGCCACUCCCGAACCCCUAUCCCUGUACCCCGAUCACUCCAAUUGAGUAUGCCCCCUUGCCCCACCUCUCUCUCUCUCUCUCUCCCUCCUCGCCCAAUCCCCACCUCCCCACCAGGUUCCUUAUGAGUGUCUUGAAGCAGGAUGCAGGUCCGACACACACACAGCCCAUAACGGAAGAUGGUGGAUAGAUCGACAACCCCCCCUCCCCCCAACCACCCACCCACCCUCAGUGUAUCCUCCCUCAGAUAGUAACGUUAACUCUCUCUCAUCACUGCUGAUUGUGUCUUCUUCACCUCUGGCUCUGUUGCCAUUUUCAUCCCUUUAGUUAAACCCUCCCUAUGCCCAUACUCCCUCCUCCACCACCACCACCACCACCAACAUCACAACAAACUCAUCCCUUCCCUUGUCCGCCACAUACCUUAUAGCAUCAGAUUGUCUUUUAAAGCUGUAGUGAGAUGUAGAGGUGCACAGGUACUCCUUAUCAAAGGCCAAUACGUUCUUUAUUCAAAUAAACUUAGCUAGAAUUCAAAUCCAGGAAACAGUUACAAAAGUAUGUUAAACAUAAGACUCGUACCGUACAAUAAUACUUUAUCCAGAAUAGAAGAGGCAGUGACGGGAAAGUUCAGUGUUUUGUUUUUUGUUUUCUUCAGAAAGGGAUUCUUUUGUUUUUUUCUUCCUAAACGGCUUGAUGUGUCCUCCCAAAUCUUUUUUUUUUUGCACACAGUUGGCCAUUUUGGCCAGGCCUACAGUUAUCGCUGAAAGGAUUCCUGGUUUGGCUUAAACAAGGGCCUUAACUUGUUUGUUUAUCCACGGUUAUUAGCUUCUUAAUAUGAGCUCACCAACAACGGUCUGUUUGAAUAGAAACUCAAUCUGACUCCGUGGGCAAUGAUCUGUGACACAGGGAGUGACCGGGAUGUGUGUUGCUCCCAGUCGUGUACCUAUGGCCGAGACCAGUGCACCUCUAGUGAUACUUUCACAACCAAAUAUAACCAAUGUAUUCCUGGAUACUGGCUCUGUUGCAACACACGUUUGUUUGUUUGAUGUGCCGUGCAAUAGGAGCUAGCAUCCUGUCCCAAGAAUUUAAGGAACCAAAGAAACUGGGACGACUAGACAAUGGAGAAAAAAACAAUGUUAGCAGGUCAACUCAAGGACUCUGACGGUUCCUCAAGGCCUGUCCUUUAAACCAAUCGGGAUCACCCUUAUGCAAUUAGAAUGUGCCCGACGUGAGUUUAGACGUCGGGCAUGUUUUGCUGGUGCUUGCCUAUCACGCCAGCCUUGCUCAUAUGUGCCCCACCUGGCUGUUGUGUUGGCUGUAUGAGCCAGAUAUUCGAGAUAUUUCACUCAGAUGUCAUCUGGCACGACCAGUUUUCUGGAGUGCGUCUUUCUGAAUCUUCAUGAAGAAGCAAGGACUGAGUUUAAAAACAAAACAAAACAAAAUGAUAUUAAUGAUGCAUGUUGAAUGCACAUUUUCUUUGAUCUAAAACUUGAUGUGGAUGGAAAUAAAUGAACUGCUAGAACAUAUGGCUUAUUGACAAAUCAUAACUAUAUGAUAUUUAUACAAAUACUCAUGGACAAAUCAUGAAUUCCAAAACACUCCUGUCACCAAAUCUGUAAUCAGUCAGAUAUGUUAGACGGUAUCACUCAUUUUGAAAUACUACUACUAGAAAUGCAUAGCUACUUGAUAAGUCACAUUCCUGUGGGUGUGGGAAAAAAAUGUUGAUCUUGGGGAGAGGAAUGGCAGGAAUGGCAGGAGUGGCCGGAGUGGCAGAAAUGAAAGCAGUUUUCCCCACGUCAUCACGUCGUUGCUGCAGAUGCAGCCGGAGCUUCGGUUGUCCCUCGUCCCUCAUCCCCUCCUGUCUCCUCCCUGCCGGGGCGCUCACUGGGAACAAAAAAAGAAAAAAGAAAAGGGGCGAGGGGAAGAAAAGGGAAAAAAACCCCGACAAGACUGUAUCUGCUGUACCAUACUGGGCUGGGACAGGCAGCGUUCUUUAUGAUCACUGCUUCUACUGUUGUCAUGACUACUACGCUUUCUGUUGCUGCUCUGAACGA